AUGGCCGCCAACGAGGAUGAAUACUUCCUCCCGCUAGAAGACCAGCGCGUCUUUGGUGCUGGCAUCAAAAGAAAACGAGUCCAAUUCGUUCCAUCCAGCGAAACACAGCCCAAGGCCAGCUCCGCGCCCGCGACCACAGCUUCAACACCACACCCCGACGGGACAUCCAUAACGCCAGAACCAUCAUCCCUAGGCGACAAAUACCUCUCCAUUGUCCUAUCCAAAUCCACCAGCCCCUCGCCCUCAUUAGAUCCGUCCACCGUCCCCGCCACUGCCCACGGAUCCCCAUCUGCAACAGAAGACACUACGCCGCCAACAUGCGAUAUCUGCAACCUGCCUCUCUCCGAACCACCCCCCGCGACCGCAGGCUCCAAAUAUCCUCCCCACCCCCAUGAAUCCUCCCUCGUCCACCAAGCCAGCCUCCCACACUCCCAUCCACCUUCUGCCAUCGACCGCACGCGCCCGGGAUACAAAUAUCUCUCUUCCUACGGCUGGGAUCCAGACUCGCGGGCCGGUCUGGGCCCAACAGGGAGUGGCAUUCGGGUCCCUGUUCGUGCGCGGGUGAAGCACGACACGGCGGGGCUGGGGUUGCAGGCCAAGCAGAUGAGUGAUGCGGAAAGGAGGGAGCGCGAGAAGCGGAAGAUCGCGGGGAAGUUGAAUGCAAAGCAGGUGAGGAAGAGGGAAGAGGAAGGGAAAAGGAAAGGGGAGAGACUGAGGGAGAUGUUUUAUAGGUCUGACGAUUUGGACAAGUAUCUGGGCGGUGGUUGA